AUGGAUCGAGACGCUUCCGCCGCCAAACCCGAGCCGAAUGGGGCACUGACGGUUCGCGAUGCCCGUACCGAGUUCAUGUCCAAAGCAGAGCAGGAGAAGCGGCGUCGAAUCAAACAAGCCAACCAGGCUUAUGGCCGUGGCCGACAGAUCAACGUCAAGACUAUCCGCGAUAAGAAGCUGCGCAGAAACCUCAAGACGCUCGAAAACAAGUAUCAAGAUGCGGCACUCAAGGCUAAGGAUGCCGAAAUUCUCCUCGAAAACACGGCCGGGUUUCUCGAACCCGAGACGGAACUGGAGAAGACUUACAAAGUGCGGCAGAGCGCCAUCAAGACAGAUGUAGCCAUUGAGACGGCACAGAAGGGCUUCGAGCUCAAACUGGACCAGCUCGGCCCGUACGCCUUGGACUAUACCCGCAACGGCAGAGAAAUUCUUCUAGCUGGAAGGAAGGGCCAUGUUGCGACCAUGGAUUGGCGCGAGGGAAGGCUGGGGUGCGAGUUGAAUCUAAAAGAGACCAUCCGGGACGCAAAGUGGCUACACAACAACCAAUUCUUUGCUCUGGCACAGAAGAAUGCUUGCUAUAUAUACGACCACAACGGAGUAGAAGUCCAUCGUUUGAAGAAACACACCGAUGUUACUCAUCUAGACUUCCUCCCGUACCAUUUCCUUCUGACUACCUUGAGCAGUACCGGUCAACUCAAAUAUCAAGACACGUCAACGGGUCAGCUUGUCUCCGAGAUCUCCACCAAGAUGGGCACACCGACGUCCUUGAGGCAAAACCCCUACAAUGCCGUCUUGCACAUUGGCCACCAAAAUGGAGCGGUGACUCUCUGGUCGCCGAACUCUUCGGAACCUCUUGUGAAGCUCCUGGCACACAAAGGCCCAGUCCGGUCAUUAGCCGUCGAUCGGGAGGGGCGGUAUAUGGUCUCCACGGGUCAGGAUUGCAAGAUGGCCGUCUGGGAUAUCAGGAUGUUCCGCGAAGUCAACAACUAUUUUACGAGGGCCCCUGGCACCUCUGUAGCGAUUUCAGAUACUGGCCUCACAGCUGUUGGCUGGUCUACAAACACGACGAUCUGGAAAGGUCUCUUCUCAAAGCAUGCUGCUGAGCAAGAGAAGGUACAAAGCCCGUACAUGGCUUGGGGCGGCGAGGCGAAGCGUGUCGAGAGAGUCCGAUGGUGUCCCUUUGAAGAUGUGCUUGGCGUCGGUCACGACUCUGGCUUCUCAUCACUGCUCGUACCGGGGGCUGGUGAGUCCAACUUCGAUGCGCUAGAGGUCAACCCAUUCGAGACCACCAAGCAGAGGCAAGAGGCCGAGGUCAAGGGCCUCCUCAACAAACUGCAACCCGAGAUGAUUGCUCUCGAUCCCAACUUUAUCGGCAACUUGGAUCUACGGUCAGAACAGCAACGUCGGGAGGACAAGGAUCUCGAUGCCCCUGCUGCCGACAUCGCCGCCGAGAUCAGGAACAAGGCGAGAGGGAAGAACAGUGCGCUCAAGAAGUAUCUCCGCAAACAGAGGAAGAAGAACAUCAUCGACGAGAAGAGAUUACGCGUGGAAGAGAUCUACAAGGAGCAACAGCAAAAGAGACAAAGGAAGUACAAGGAGAAGCAGGAGGAGCUCGGCCCAGCCCUUGCCCGUUUCGCGAAGAAGGAGUAG